AAUAUGAAACUGUUUAUUACUAUUUUGGCUUUGGCAGUUGCCUCCGCCUCGGCCUUCGAGGAUGUUGUGAAUGUCAAGGAUCUUCAGAAGGUCAACAAGAUCGAGGGUCGCAUUACUAACGGCUAUCCGGCCUAUGAGGGAAAAGCUCCUUAUACAGUUGGGUUGGGCUUCAGUGGCGGCUGGUGGUGCGGUGGUUCCAUCAUUGGACACAACUGGGUGCUGACUGCGGAGCACUGUACUGGAAAUGCUGAUGCUGUAACAGUUUACUUUGGCGCCACCUGGCGUACCAAUGCCGUCUACACUCACUGGGUCAGUCGUAAAGACUUUAUCAAUCAUGGCUCCGCUGAUAUUGCUCUAAUCCGCAUUCCCCAUGUGGACUUCUGGUCAAUGGUUAACAAAGUGGAGUUGCCGAACUACAACGAGCGCUACAUUGACUUCAACAGCUAUUGGGCCGUUGCCUGCGGCUGGGGCGGCACCUACGAUGGCAGUCCUUUGCCCGACUGGCUGCAGUGCGUCGAUUUGCAAAUCAUAGGCAAUGACGAGUGCAGACGCACUUACGGCUCAAACACAGUGGGAGACAAUAUCCUUUGCGUGCGUACCCCUGAUGGCAAGUCUACCUGUGGUGGUGACUCUGGUGGUCCUUUGGUUACACACGACUCCAAAAAAUUGGUUGGUGUUACCAACUGGGUGUCAGCAGCAGGUUGUCAGUCUGGUCAUCCUUCAGGCUUCCAGCGUGUGGCAUACCACCUCGACUGGAUUCGAGAACACACCGGCAUUGCCUAUUACUAAUUGCGACUAACUGAUUAGUGCUAAAUAAAAGAGAAAUGAUUGCAAUUUUUAA